UUUACAAGGCAAGAUGGCGGAUGAGUCCGACUCAGUUCACGACAAGGUUUCUAAAAUAACCCGAGCGGGAAUUAAGGCGGAUGAUAUGUUAGACAUGUAUAAGACGUGGGCGGAGGUGUAUGACAAGGAUAUGGAGUCUGACGGGUACACCGGGUACCGUAAGGUGGUCAGAGUUCUGGCUGAGUCCCAGGGCGAGAGGAGGGACAUCCGGGUUCUGGACGUGGCAGCGGGGACAGGACUUUGUGGACAAGAGUUGUCCAAACUGGGUUUCUCUAACAUAGACGCCUUAGACGCUAGUCAGGACAUGUUAGAUGUUGCCAAAACAAAGAACGUCUAUAAGAACUUCAUCAAGGAAUUCCUGGGAACGAACCAACUUGACAUUGAUGCUGACAGCUAUGACGCGGUGAUCGGCAGUGGUCUGUUUGCUAACGGUCACGUCAAACCGGACUGUUUGGAACAACUUAUCCGAAUUGUCAAACCUGGUGGAAUGAUCUGUCUCGCAGUCAGAGAAGAACGCCUUCGAACUAAUGAGGAUUGCAAAGAUCUGAAACCCCGCAUGACGGCGCUGCAGAGCGAAGGCCUGUGGGAGCGGGUGUUCCAUGAGACUUUUCCUGGGUACUCAACUGGCUUGGACGGCGUAGUCUACUUGUAUAAAGUUCUGUAAAGCCUACUUUUAGAAAUGGGAGAAACAUGAAAUGAACACUUUCUUUCUGUAAAGCAUUGGUAACGGACAAGCUUGACGAAGUUUUGUUUCGCUUCCUUGCAUGUUCAGAUUGUGCAAAAAAGGGCUGAAGAUUGUAUGACAAAAUAAAGAAUGUCGUACGACAAAAGGUGUGCUGUUGUCCUAAGGACUGGAAAACUCAAUUGCACGACUAAAAUAAUAUUGUAACCGGAGAUCUAGACAGAUUGCCACCGAAUUUCGAAUGGUAUGUGUGUACAACCGGAGGUGGUAGCAUGUAUUUAGCAUCCUGUCUUUACAUUGUACACAGAUUGUGACCGUACGCACGUUUUCUUUACUCAGGUUAAGACAUGACGCCUUUCAUAUCCGGAUAUCAAAGCGCCAGUGAACAGGAUAUGCGACGUCAGUGUUUACGAAAUUGGCAGGUCUGGACACACAGUACGUCACUGAAACUGACUCGGGGCUACUUCAUCAGCCUUGUUCUUGUGCAAUAUAUGGGCAAGAUCGACCGCGCGGAUACGUUACGUUGCGGUGUUUCUUUUCUAGAUAUAGACGUAUCAUUAUCUUAGAUAUAAGUAACAAAUCACGUUAAUAUAUGCACAUGCAAUUUUAAAUAACGUGCAUGCAUAGGACACGAUGCAUUGCAAAUCCCGCAUCCAAUGUAGAAUAUAUGUACGGCGUUCAAACUACUAGUGUCUCUGAACUUGACAUUUGAACUUCAGGCGAAUCUUUGCUUGUUAGAUGCAUCUAUUCCACACCGUUGAUGUCAAUAUUGAUCGAUACUAUUUUCUGCGGUUUUUGCUCCUUUUUUCUGUAUCAAGAGACAACUAACUUAU